CCUGCACAUCAUGAAGUUCGGUCCAAAUGAUAACGCUUGGCUGAUCACAACAUUCUCUGGAUGGUCCCUCUGUCCUGCUUGGUGAUGUUUCCAGACCAGGGUGUGAUGUUUCCGGUGAGGACGCUCUCCAGGGUGUAGUUCCGCAGCACAUUGAAUCGCAGACUGAAGUCCCUUAAACUUUCUUUGCCAGGGAGCUGUUAUGGCAGCUAUGAACUCCAAGCAGCGAUACCUCAAGUAAACCAGGCCUGGUGAUGUUCCUGAAUAGAAUACGUGGAGCGGCCUCUCAAGCUGGUUUUGAAGGUGGCAGGGAAUGAAGUGACCACUGAGCAUGUCGAAGAGGAGCAGGUAGACCACGAUAAACACAAAGACAAGAAAAAGAAGAAGAAAAAGGAUAAGGACAGGGACAGCCCACCACUCUCUCCAGGGGACGACAAGAAAAAGAAAAAGAUGACAAAGAAAAAGAAAGGUCCAGACACAUCAGAUAUGGAUGUCGACGAACAGAGCAGAACUCCGGCCCGGUCCGAUAUUUCCCAAGAUAAGCCUCUCACACCCUUAAUGGCCAAAACUGAAGAUAAAGAGCAGACUCCUCUACAGGAAGCGCUUAGUCAGUUAAUCAGGCAGUUACAGAGGAAAGAUCCCAGCGCAUUCUUCUCGUUCCCUGUUACUGACCUCAUCGCUCCAGGAUACUCGCUAAUCAUAAAGAGGCCCAUGGAUUUCAGCACCAUGAAGGAGAAGGUGAAGAGAGGGCUGUACCACUCUCUGGAGGAACUGAAGGUGGAUUUCAAGACGAUGUGUGAAAAUGCUAUGAUUUACAACAAACCUGAAACAAUUUAUUACAAGGCUGCCAAGAAGCUCCUCCACUCUGGUAUGAAGAUCCUAAGCCUGGAGAGGAUUAAGAGCCUGAAGCAGAGUAUUGAGUUUAUGGCAGGCUUGAAAUCCCCAAACAGCAGGAUGGGAGAGGAUGGCGAAGAGGGAUCAUCAAGUGAUCCUGCUAAAGACGGGUCCUCAGCUAUGGAUACUAGUGACAACUCUCAGUCACCUAGAGUGGCUAGUAGAGACACCCCCAGUAAGGAAUCUAAAGAGGAUGUCCAGAAAGGUGUGAACCAGGCAGAAAAGGAUUUAGAGGAGAUUAAAAAGAUCAUUGAAGAGUCUGAAGGGAAACUGUCCAACAGGAGCCUGCAGUGUGAGCUUGAUUUUGAGCGGAGGAAGUCUGAUGGCACAACCACUUUAGGCAUCCUGAACCCGGCUGACUUAAAUGUUGGAGAUCCUGGGUACUGUCCAGUUAAGCUGGGGAUGAUGGGUGGCCGGCUGCAGACAGGAGUAAACACCUUACAGGGUUUUAAAGAAGACAAGAGGAACAGAGUCACUCCUGUGACCUACAUGAACUACGGACCGUUUAGCUCCUAUGCUCCCACAUACGACUCCAGCUUUGCCAACAUCAGCAAGGAGGAGUCUGAUCUCAUUUACUCUUUCUAUGGAGAGGAGUCAAGCCUCCAAGGCUCUGAGAGUACCAUUGCAGAUUUCCUCGCCAAGUCAGAAGAGCAUAUGAACAGACUGGCUGAUAAUAUUUUGGACACGCUCACGAAUGGAGAACACUCCAAACAACUAAAGGAGAAUGAAGCUAAUACUCCACCGGUGGAGGAGGCAGUGGAGAAACCACCAGAGCAGUCGGACACAGCCAAUGAUGUUGAGGUGGUUGGGUCAGAGUCCAGCAGUGGAAACAGCAUGACUGCUCUCAGUUCAGUCAUGAGUUUGGGUCUGGGUCUUGACCUCCUGCAAGAGACAUUCGAGUCAGAGGAAGCGGAACAGUUCCAGAAGAAGCUGGAUGAGACCACUCUCCUUCUGAGGGAUCUGCAGGAAGCUCAGCGAGAGAGACUGAGCGCAAAACAGCCUCCCAACAUCAUCUGCCUGCUCACCCCGACUGCUAAAGAGAUACAGCUAGCGGAGAAGGUGACUGGGAACUUGGCCCAACUGACCAGUCAGGUGAAUCCCAGUGAUGUGAGCAGUGUGUACGGUAUCAGGAAAGCCAUGGGAAUCUCACUGCCUACUGAAGCAGUUGAGACAUUCUCAGACCUGACUACAGUGGGAACAGACAUGGACGUAGUAUGUUUGGGCUCAGAUGACGUCCCAGCCAUCACUGUCUAGUUGAUCCAUCCAACACAAUCCCCACUCUGUACCAAUAGUGCUCUUUUUGUUCCACUUUUUCUUUUUGUAUACAUUUCACUUAAUAAAUAAUUUUUUGCAAUA